AUGUCAAACUGUGGACCCAGUGAAAAUGGAACAGAGGAGAAGCCUGGGUUUUCAUUAACCAAGGCGGUGGAGGAUAUCAGUCAACAUGGCUACACCCAGACUGAGGCUCUGAAAGAGAAACAGAAGACACUCAGCUCCUUGCAGGCAACUCUUUCAGAUGCUGAGAAGAAAGGAGAGAUGACAGAGCGGGAGCUGAGAUCCAAAGUGAGGGAAAUCCUAAUGCUGGAGGGUGAGAUGGAGCACCUGGAGCGUCAGACCAAAGUCCUGUACGAUCGCUGUGCAUCCAUCAGCAAGGAGAACACAGAGCUCCAGACUGCGAUAAGCGAGGAGGAGGAGAAGGCUCACAUGGCACUGGCAGGGUUCACUGCUUACCGAAACAAGAUGGAGGGUCACAGAGCAGCUGUUUUGCAUGCGGCGAGCCAGACGGAGGCCCACAAAGUUCUGGAGGAGAAGAGAGCGCUGGUCAGGAUGCUAACACUGAAGAAAGAGGAGCUGAGGGAAGAUUUGGAGAAUCCAAAUGGAAACACAGUGCAGAUGGCAAAGGGAGAGAUUGAUGCUCUGAAGGGGGAAAUCUCUGUGAUGAGGAAGACUACAGCUGAGAGGAAAGAGCAAUUGCGAAAAGAGUUUGAAACUCAUACCCAGAUAAAGAAAGACAUUGAGAUCCAGAACAGGCGCUAUGAAGCCAUCGUCAAGCGCCUCCGCUGCCAGCUCAGCAGGGCCCAGGCCGGCCACAGGCAAAUGUCUGAAGAUAUCUACCACAUGGAGAGAGAGCUGGCUGAACUCAAGAGGCAGCUGGAGUCAUCACAGGACUCAGCGGCUAAUCCCUACAAAGCAACUCAGGGGACACAGGAGGUGGGGGGCCUCCCUGACAGUCUGGAGGCUCAGGGUUUAACCAGCAGGCCACCUGCUUUCUUCAGAGGGAGAGCACAUCCUGUACCCGCGGCAGCCUGCUCCAAGAAGACACCUUUUGUCAAUGAAACAGGAUUUUCGAAAGUGCCAUCUGGACACGAGAGCAGGAGCUGUGUCUACACCGAGCGAGCCGGCCGCUCCGAGGCCAGGAUCCGAGAUCAGACAUGA